AUGGUUGCUCUCCGUGUCGCCGCUCGUCGUCUGCCUUGCGCAGCUCGGUCAUCUCCCUCGUUUCCUUCCCUCGUAUCAGUGAGCCAGCGUCGCUUUGCCGCGACAUCCAACGCUGCUCAAGAUGUGAGACAACAAGUGCAGAAGGAGUCAACCUUGCCUAACCCCGAUCCUGCGCCGGACUCGCUGACGGCGUCGUUCAUCAAUGAGCGAACUCCAUUUAUGGUACCGACCUAUGUUCGCCCGGCGCCCAUGAUGAUGAAGGGACAGGGUUGUUACUUAUGGGAUAUGGAGAACCGACGUUAUUUGGACUUUACCUCCGGUAUUGCGGUCAACUCUUUGGGCCACUGUGAUCCCGAGGUCGCUCAAAUUGUCGCGGAACAGGCCGAGACAUUGGUUCACGCUUCGAAUCUCUACCACAAUCCCUGGACCGGCGCUCUGAGCCAGAUGCUCAUCAACCUGACCCGCGAGUCUGGCGCAAUGCGCGAUGCCUCCCAGGUGUUUAUUUGUAACUCCGGCACCGAGGCCAACGAGGCAGCAAUCAAGUUUGCCCGUAAGGUCGGUCGGUCUAUUGAUCCUUCCGGUGCCAAGCACGAACUCGUUUCCUUCCAAAAUUCCUUCCACGGUCGUACAAUGGGCGCGCUUUCUGCUACCCCCAACCCUAAGUACCAGACGCCCUUCGCCCCCAUGAUUCCGGGCUUCAAAUACGGCAAUUACAACGACGUCGAACAGCUGCAGACCCUUAUUACUGAAAACACUUGCGGUGUGAUUGUGGAGCCUAUCCAGGGCGAGGGUGGCGUGAAUGUCGCCGAGCCAGAAUUCUUGGUUGCCCUUCGUAAGCGCUGCGACGAGGUUGGAGCUGUUCUUAUCUUUGAUGAGAUCCAGUGCGGUCUCUCUCGUACUGGGAGCUUCUGGGCGCAUGGGCACCCAUCUCUCGCCCCGGCUUCUGGGGAGGCUGCGCACCCUGACAUCUUGACGACUGCCAAGGCUUUGGGUAAUGGAAUCCCCAUUGGUGCUACUAUCGUUGCUAGCAAGACUGUUGCGUCGCACAUCAAGACCGGUGACCAUGGCACAACCUUUGGCGGAAACCCGUUGGCCUGUCGAGCGGCUUACCACAUCGUCGCCCGCCUGGCCGACUCUGAACUCCAGAGGGGCGUUGAGAAGAAGUCGGCUGUCUUCACUGCGGGCUUCCAGGCUCUGCGAGAGAAGUUCCCCAACGCGAUCUCCGAGGUCCGUGGCCGCGGCUUGAUCCUGGGACUGCAACUCUCCCCCGAGUUUACCUCCAAGGCCGCCGACAUCAUCACUGCUGCUCGCGAGCGCGGACUAUUAAUCAUCACUGCCGGUGAAGGAUGCAUUCGCUUUGUCCCUCCAUUGACAAUCACGGAAGAGCAGAUUCAGACCGGUUUGAACAUCCUGGAGCAGGCCAUGGCUUCUGUUGUUUCCGAUGCUUGA